AUGGAAAUCUGCCUGGCUACAGGCGUGGGUGGACUCGGCAUUGCAAGGGUUAAAGGGAACCGAGCUGCCUUCCUAGAGAGGCCAGGAAUCAAGGGGGGGCCAGGUCCUCCAGAGCCAAGCCCCCCCCCUCCCCAGUCCUUUCCUGCUUGGGUGUCUCUCCUGCAAGGGCUGCCUCGCUGUCCCUCCUGGGAUCUGGUGAGUCUCCUCUCUCUCUGGGAUCUGGUGGGGGUCCCAGGGCUGCAGCAGGGGAGGAGGCCUGGGGGGCCCUGAUCUGCUCCUGCAGGGAGGGGGGCUGAUCAGGGAGUAGAGUGUCCUGCCAGGGAGGGGCCAGGACUGCAGCACUCUCCUUCCUGCAGAUCUUAGGAUCCCAAACUCAUUUGGCCUUCCGCCCCCCCCCCCUCCAGAAAAACAAUGACUCCCAUGAAACCUCCUUUAAACAAAGGAGUCCCUGGGACUUUAACUCUCUGUGACGUCUGUCAGCAUCAGUGCACAACAGAGGGAACAGGUGCAAGUGGUUUUCCAAAGCUGGACGAGGAGGUGGACUAGACACCCCACCCCCCCAAAAAAAACCACGGGAAGGAAGGAAGAAAAGUUGGGAAAGAGAGGCCAGGAAUAAAGAGAGGGAUCCCAGCCCAGAGUCUGGCUGCUGCAUUGGGGACCAGUUUCCCAGUCGUCUCCCAGGGCAGCUCCCCACGGAGGUCACUGCAGCAGUCCCCUCGCACCCAGAGCAGGGCAUCCCAGGACCACAUCCUCUCUGUCCCAAAGGGGUUGUUGCUGGCAAAGCAGCCGGAAAUGGGCGCUGCUACUCCCUGAGCCUCCAGGGACCUGGGCAUCAAUGGCUGUGCGUGUGUUCAGCCAUCUAAGAGAAUAAUAAUAAUAAAUUAGCUGCCUAAAUUUCAAAGGAGAUGUAUUUGGCCCCACCCACUUGGCCCUCAGGGGGUUGACUAGAUACAUACCUGGCCCUCAGAGCAAAGAAAAAGGGACCCCACCCCAGGAGUCUGUCUUGAGAGCGGCAGAGAGUCCAAGUGCAAGAAAAGGAGACAGAAGCAGGGGGGAAAUGUGCCCAGAAGUGGGGGUGGGGGGAGAGCAACUCCUGAGGACCCCCGGAUGAGGACCCCCACUAGAGCCAAGCAUCUAUUUUUCAAAUGACUCCCUUGUCAGUCAGUUCUGAUUUCAUGCAUUGACUGGAAGGCAGGAGCAACCAGGCUGAUUCAUCUCCCAGAAAUCCCUUCAGUUGCCUCCACAUUUUGCAUUCCUCCUUCUCUUUCUUUUCAAAAAGGUAUCUCACGGUUUGGGCUCUGGUACCGUCCAGUCCUGAUUCCUGGCAAGACUCAUCCAUGCUUGUUCAGGGAUCUUGUUUCUUCUCCUGACCUACAAUUUCUGUAACAGAACAAUGUAUUUGCUUUCUAGGAUUUGCUAGAGCUUCUCAUUAAGACAGACAAAACUUGGCAGAAGAUCAAAGGGUGCCCAGAGGGGACAAACUUAGAAAGGGAGUGAAGGUGGGUGAUCUUCUCUAACACAGGUGCUGGCAGUGGGUUUUCCUCCUCCUUGUUCUUCUGCAUUCCAAGUCCUGCUGACAGGUUAUGAAAGAUGACAACAUGAAAGAGGUUAAAAUGGAGAACCAUGAAAAAGGAGCCAGGUUUCCUUGAGGUCUGAGGCUGGUGAGGGUGGACAGACUCUUGCUUUGAGGACGAUCUCAUGUCUCCUGACCAAACUGCAGUCUAUGCAGAUAUGGAGUCUAUGAAUGAGGAAGCUAACAAGAACCCAGAGCUGAAGAGCUCUGAGCUGAGGGAGCCACUCCAGGCAGCAGUGCAGACAGCCAAAGAGCAAGAUACCCAGUGUGUUGUGAAGAGGACUCCCCUGUGUGAGUGCCUGAGGGCCCUGCUCCCGCCGCUCACCACCUGGCCAAGGGCGGGGCCUCACUAGGAUAGUUGCUGUUACUGCUGGAGGGGCACAGAGUGUUUUUAAAAAUGUUUUUAAAAAUUUCUUUUGAAUUUUUUGUAUGUGGGGGGGUGGGAUGGAUGUUUGGUUGGGCUUCGGAAUUUGUUUGAUUUUGAUGUUUUUUGUAAUUUUUACAGUUUUUUUUGUUUGUAUUGUUUUAUUGCUGUUUUUUUUAAGGUGUUAUUUUGUUCUUAAGGGGAGGGGUCAGGGCUGCCGGGGAGUGGGUCCCAGCCCACAAAAUGGCUGGGGCAUGUUCCACGGGGGGGGGGGGGAUGCACUGGGACAACCGAUCUCAGUGAUCACGGGUAGGAGGAGGAGUUACGCUAAGACGAGACCAUGUUGUUACAGAGGAGGCAGGUUUAGUCGUUGUUUGAGGACUAUCCCUGCCUCCGGGUCUGGUCCUGACCGGAUGGAUACUAGAAUCAGCAAGGGAUACCCACAUGACCUGAAGGUGCUGCUGUGCAAUGCCAGGUCAAUGAUUCAUAAGACCACUGCCAUCCAUGACUUGAUCAUGGAUGGAGGACUUGACCUGGCAUGUGUAACAGAGACUUGGUUGGAUGAAGCAGAUGGGCCUGUCCUUGCCGCUGCUUGUCCACCAGGUUUCUCUUACACACAGCAACCCAGGUCAUGUGGGCGGGGAGGGGGGGUUGCAGUGAUUUUUAGGAAGUCAUUAGUUUGCACCAGGCGCCCUAUUGGGAAGACCCAGUUCUCCGAGUGCAUGUUCUGGAAGUUGGGCAAUAGGGGCAGUACAGGAUUCCUUUUGGUGUACCGACCUCCCCGCUGCACCAAGGAUUCCCUGCCCGAGCUGCUUCAGGUUGUGGCGGAUGUUCUCCUGGAGACACCUAGUUUGGUCUUCCUAGGGGAUUUUAACAUCCAUGCUGACACGACCUUAGAAGAAUCAUAGAAUCACUUGAGUUGGCACCAGAUUGACCACUAUGGCCAUGGAGUCCAAGGCCUCUGGUUCUUCAAGCAGGAUACACCAUCAGAGCACCUUCUCAUUCAUUAUAGAUCAUCUCCCAGAGCCUCAAUGCUUAGGCACGUCCACCAAAGGUGAAAGAAUGUACCUUCAGCUCCUUUACAUGUCCAACAUUCCACUGUCGGCAAAUGAUAGACUCUUAAGCUUGACUAGGGUCAUGUUCCACCUGUAUAUCAUUUAGGUGGAAUCUUCUUUCUUGUGGCAUUGCAUCCGAACUUGCUACCUGUGAUCCAUAACUGUCUCUGCAGUCAGCACAUCAACUAUGUUAUGUCCAACCUCUUGUGACAUCCUUUGUAUAUCUUUGAGACAUGGCUGGAUGAAGCAGAUGAGCCUGUUACCUGCCGCUGCUUGUCCACCAGGUUCUCUUAUGCACAUGCAACCCAGGUCCUGUGGGCAGGGCGGUUGCACUGAUUUUAGGAGUCAUUGUUUGCACCAGGCCUCUGACCAUUUGGGUUGACCCAGUCCUCUGGAGUCACGUUCGGCAGUUGGUGCAGUACAGGAUCCUUCUUGGUAACCGUGGCUGCCCGCUGCACUGGACCUACCGAGCUACUCCAGGUCGUGACGGAUGUUCUCCGGAGCCACCGAGCUUAGUAGUACUAGUGGCACUUUAACAUCCAUGCCGACACGACCUUACAAGAGGCCACUCGGAACUUUGUGGAAAGCAUGGCCUCCAUGGGGCUGUCCCUGAAUAAGUCUGGCCCAACCCAUAGCCCCGGACAUGCCUUGGACCUGGUGUUUACCUCUAUGGAUGUUGGUGAUCUGACACUAAGUAAAAGCGAAACGAAAGAAGUGCCAUGGUCAGAUCACUUCCUGGUGCAACUGGACUUCUCCGUGACCCAUCCCCUCUGCAGGGAGGUGGGACCAAUUUGGAUGGUCCGCCCCCGCCACUUAAUGGAUCCAAAUGGUUUCCAGAGAGUGGUAGGGGAUGCUUUAUCCCAUGUUGAUGGCCUUUCAGCUGAUUCCCUGGUGGCCCGCUGGAAUGUGGAGUUAACCAGGGCUAUUGACUGCUUGGCUCUGAAGCGCCUUCUCCGAUUGCAUGGAGCCCGGACAGCCCCGUGGUUUUCCACGGAUCUGAGGGCAAUGAAACAAUCGUUGAGACGGCUAGAGCGCCGGUGGCGGAUAACCCAUUCUGAAGCUGACUGGAUACGGGUUAGAGCUCAAUGUCGAGCCUACCAAGUGGCGGUAGCGACGGCGAAGAAGACUUUCUUCACCGCCUCUAUUGCAUCUGCAGAAAACAGCAGCAGGAGACUUUUUCAGGUGGUUCACAAUUUAGCGGAACCACCUGCGACAUCUGCGCCCAGUACGGUCCACAUGAUCUCCUACAAUGAUUUUGCAAAGUUUUUUGCAGAUAAAAUCGCUCAGAUUCGGGAAGAAGUAGACUCCACCGUGGGAGCAGGGCCGGGGCGGGAGAGUGCUAGAGUCCUGUCUAGUCAAAUUGUGUGGGAUCAAUUCCAAUCUGUUACCUCCGAGGAUGUGGACAGGCUGCUUGGACGAGUGAAACCAACCACCUGUCUCCUGGAUCCUUGCCCAUCCUGGCUUAUAAAAGCUAGCCGGGAAGGACUGGGCGAUGGGCUUCGUGGGGUGGUGAAUGCUUCCCUCCGUGAAGGAGCCUUCCCAGACGCGCUGAAAGAGGUGGUUAUUAAACCGCUUCUUAAAAACCAUCUUUAGAUGCGGCCACGAUGGCCAACUAUCGCCCAGUCUCAAAUCUUCCAUUCUUGGGCAAGGUGAUUGAGCGAGUGGUUGCUGAACAACUCCAGGCACGCCUGGAAGAAGCGGACCAUUUGGAUCCCUUCCAGUCGGGAUUCAGGCCUCAUCAUGGGACUGAAACUGCCUUGGUCGCACUGGUUGAUGAUCUCCGGCGGGCUAGGGACAAAGGUGAGAGCUGUUUCCUAGUUCUGCUGGAUCUCUCAGCGGCGUUUGAUACCAUCAACCAUAACAUCCUUCUGGACCGUCUUGAGGGGCUGGGAGCUGGGGGCACUGUCAUACAGUGGUUCUGCUCCUUCCUCCUGGGCCGUGUUCAGAGAGUGGUGUUGGGGGAUGCGUGUUCAGACCCCUGGGCUCUCACAUGUGGGGUGCCUCAGUGUUCUGUCCUCUCCCCCAUGCUUUUCAACAUCUCUAUGAAGCCGCUGGGAGAGAUCAUAAGGAGGUUUGGGCUGGGUGCUCAUCAGUAUGCGGAUGAUAACCAGCUCUACGUCUCUUUUAAAUCAGAACCAGUGAAGGCGGUGAAGGUCCUGUGUGAGUGUCUGGAGGUGGUUGGAGGAUGGAUGGCGGCUAACAGAUUGAGAUUGAAUCCUGACAAGACAGAAGUACUGUUUUGGGGGGGACAGAAGGCGGGCAGGUGUGGAGGAUUCCCUGGUCCUGAAUGGGGUAACAGUGCCCCUGGAGGACCAGGUGCGCAGCCUGGGAGUCAUUUUGGACUCACAGCUGUCCAUGGAGGCACAGGUUAAAUCCGUAUCCAGGGCAGCUGUGUACCAGCUCCAUCUGGUACGUAGGCUGAGACCCUAUCUGUCUACGGACUUUCUCGCCAGAGUGGUGCAUGCUCUGGUUAUCUCCCGCUUGGACUACUGCAAUGCGCUGUACAUGGGGCUACCUUUGAAGGUGACCCGGAAACUACAACUAAUUCAGAAUGCGGCAGCUAAACUGGUGACUGGGAGUGGCCGCCAAGACCAUAUAACACCCGUCUUGAAAGACCUACCAUUGGCUCCCAGUACGUUUCCGAGCACAAUUCAAAGUGUUGGUGCUGACCUUUAAAGCCCUAAAUGGCCUCGGUCCAGUAUAUCUGAAGGAGAGUCUCCACCCCCAUCGUUCUACCCGGACACUGAAGUCCAGCACUGAGGGCCUUCUGGCGGUUCCCUCCCUGCAAGAAGCCGAGUUACAGGGAACCAGGCAGAGGGCCUUCUCGGUCUUUGUGCCCUCCCUGUGGAACGCCCUCCCACCAGAUGUCAAAGAGAACAACAACUAUCAGACUUUUAGAAGACAUCUGAAGGCAGUCCUGUUCAGGGAAACUUUUAAUGUUUGAUGUAUUAUGGUAUUUUAAUAUUUUUUUGAAGCCGCCCAGAGUGGCUGGGGAGGCCCAGCCAGAUGGGCGGGGUAUAAAUAAUAAAUUAUUAUUAUUAUUAUUAUUAUUAUUAUUAUUAUCAUCAUCAUCAUCAAAGGGUUCCUUCCGAUCUCUUAAAGGCUUCCUGAGAGCACAGAUGGAUGAGCAAGACCCAGCUGGCCCUGAAGCAGGAAGAGGCCAUGCCAACCAAACUGGGAGCAGUGGGGGAUUCUGGGAAAACGCUGUGCUGAAGAUCCUGGGUGAGGAGGACACCCUCCACUCAGAGGUGCAGAGCCAACUGUUGAGGCAGUUCUGCUGCCAGGAGGCCAAGGGACCCCGAGAGGUUUGCAGCCGAUUCUACCACCUUGACCGUCAGUGGCUGAAGCCAGAAAGGCACACGAAAGCUGAGAUGCUGGACCUGGUGAUCUUGGAGCAGUUCCUGGCUGUCCUUCCACUGGAGAUGGAGAGCUGGGUGAGGGACUGUGGAGCGGAGACCAGUUCCCAGGCGGUGGCCCUGGCCGAAGGUUUCCUCCUGAGUCAGGCAGAGGAGAGGAAGCAGGCAGAGAGAAAGCAGGUGAGAGAGACUUUCCUCUGGAUACUACCUUGACCAGAGCCAGGGCCUUUUUGGAUGUGGCUGUGUCCUGGUGGAACGCUCUCUCACAAGAGACCAGGGCACUGCGGGAUUUGACAUGUGCCACGCCUUUGUUCAGGGUUCAGUCUGAUUCUUUUCUUUCAGUACAAGAAUAAGCACUAAAGAGGCUUCCUAGCCCACUCACACCUCCUUUAUAAGACCAGUGGUAACAGUAGUUGGCCCUAGCGAAUAUUAACCACUCUCAAUUUUACCAGUGGACUGCCGUCUGUCCAGAUUUUAAUUUGUUUUGAACUAAUUUUAAGAAGUAUUUUAAUUUUCUUUUUUUUAUAAUGAUAUUUAUUGGAAUUUCACAUGAAAAAACAUCUUAAUAAAAAAGAAAUUUAAAAAUAAAGAGAAAAAAACACCAUACAAGAUACAAAAAGAAAAAAGAAAGAACAGUUAAAAACAAUUCCGUCUUUUCAUCACAACUUUUACAUUUACUUAUUUCCCGGACCUCCUCAUACCUCUCUCUUUUCUAUUCCGAUUUAAUUUGUUUGUCCAGCAAUUCCUUUUCCUCCUUUUUAAUCCCAUCCUUAAUCUUAAUAUAAUAUAACAUUGAAUUUUAAUCUAUUAAAAACCAAUUUUCCAUUUCUUUUAACUUUUUUAGUCCUAAUCCUUAAUCUUAAUCUAUCUUUAACUUUAAAGCCUGUACAGCUAGAAGCCACUUAAUUUCAGUCCAACAUCACUCUAACAUUCUUUAAUUUUGCAAUAUUUCUGUAAAUAGUCUUUGAAUUUCUUCCAAUCUUCUUCCACCGAUUCUUCUCCCUGGUCACGGAUUCUGCCAGUCAUUUCCGCCAAUUCCAUAUAGUCCAUCAGUUUCAUCUGCCAUUCCUCCAGUGUGGGUAGCUCUUGUGUCUUCCAGUACUUUGCGAUAAGUAUUCUUGCUGCUGUUGUAGCAUACAUAAAGAAAGUUCUAUCCCUUUUUAACACCGAUUGGCCGACUAUGCCCAGGAGAAAGGCCUCUGGUUUCUUCAAGAAGGUAUAUUUAAAUACCUUUUUUAAUUCAUUAUAUAUCAUCUCCCAGAAAGCCUUAAUCUUUGGGCACGUCCACCAAAGGUGAAAAAUGUACCUUCAGUUUCUUUACAUUUCCAACAUUUAUUAUCAGGCAAAUGGUAGAUUUUUGCAAGCUUGACUGGAGUUAUGUACCACCUGUAUAUCAUUUUCAUAAUAUUCUCUCUUAGGGCAUUACAUGCUGUAAAUUUCAUACCUGUGGUCCAUAACUGCUCCCAGUCAGCGAACAUAAUGUUGUGUCCAACGUCUUGUGCCCAUUUAAUCAUACCAGAUUUCACCGUUUCAUCCUGAGUGUUCCAUUUCAGCAGCAAGUUAUACAUUCUUGACAAAUUCUUAGUUUUGGGUUCUAACAGUUCUGUUUCUAAUUUUGAUUUUUCCACCUGGAAGCCAAUUUUCUUGUCCGAAUUGAAUGCCUCCAUUAUCUGAAAAUAAUGAAGCCAGUCUCACACUUUGUUUUUUAAUUUUUUAAAACCCUGCAAUUUCAGUCUAUCUCCAUCUUGUUCCAAAAUUUCCCAAUAUUUUGGCCAUUUGACCUCCAUAUUGAGCUUUUUCAAGGCUUUCGCUUCCAUUGGUGACAGCCACCUUGGAGUUUUGUUUUCCAAUAAAUCCUUGUAUCUUAUCCAAACAUUAAACAGUGCUUUCCUGACAAUAUGAUUUUUAAAUGCUUUAUGUGCUUUGACCUUAUCAUACCACAGAUAUGCAUGCCAUCCAAAUACAUUGUUAAAACCUUCUAGGUCCAAAAUGUCAGUGUUUUCAAGAAGCAGCCAUUCUUUCAACCAGCAAAAGGCUGCUGAUUCAUAAUAAAGUUUAAGGUCUGGCAGGGCAAAUCCACCUCUUUCCUUUGCAUCUGUUAGUAUUUUAAAUUUUAUUCUGGGCUUCUUGCCCUGCCAGACAAAUCUGGAAAUAUCUUUUAAUUAAUCGAUUGCCUGUACUUAUAUUCUUUGUAUACUGUGUUAGAUUUAUGAUGUUAGCCGCCGAAAGAUUGGCUCCGACCAGGGAGGGUGGGGUACAAAUUAAAAAUUAUUAUUAUUAUUAUUAGUGGCUCGAAAGAGGAUGGAGAACAUCCCAUAAUGCUCUACUGAUGGCCCAUCCUUUUUCUGGGAAGGCAUCCAUGGAAUGAGAUCUCACACCAUUAAAGUUUUUUACUUUUCCAUUUUCUUUCUGCUAUUUCUUGUCAUUCAUUUUCUGUUUUGAAUCCUUGUUGCUCUUUCAGGAAAAGGAUCGUUUUGAGGAAAUGGACAUGGAUUCCUGUGAGGCAGAGAGGCCUCCGUUGGACACCAGAGAGAGGCCACUGGGUAAGGAGGAAGGUGGUUUUCUCCAUUGGUCUCAUUCUGUUGGUUUCCAUAAUCCUGGGUUCUUUCAUCAAGUUUUUUUGGGGGAGUUGGGAGGAAGGGUCCAGAGGAGGGGAGAUAUAUUUUUGCAUAACUAACAUAUGAAAUGGGCACAAACGUCCAAAUGCACUCAGCAGGUAAGGCUUUCUGAAAGGCCUAUCUGUAGUUAGAGAUGCCCUGUUUCACCUGUGAGAGAAGCAGGCACUCCUGGCAUCCUGCUUACGUUUUUUCUUUUGCAGGAGACAGAAUGAUGCCGGCAAAACCUCCUGGUCCAUCUUUUCAUGGGGGCAGAAGGGAAGCAGCGGCUGUGGGACCAGAUCAGGUCAGAGGAAGCAGCCUUGUGGGGACAGAGGCCGAGGGAUGGAGCAAUGUCACGGACUGGUUGGGCACAGAGGAAUGGUGGGAGGAAGCAGCCAGGGAACCAGGAAGGGAAGAUUGCUCAGAGCGCAAGGAGUGAAGGUGGAGGAAGGAUGAGCGGUCAGAGGGAGAAGCCUGGGAAGAGGAGGUGUCAGAAGCUGAAAUGGUAACAGAGCUUAGUGAGCUGGGAGACUCUGGCAGAAUGCAGUCCAGAAUCGGAGGCAGAAGAGGAAGGAGGCAAGUGGGAGGAGGGAGGUCGAGAGUCAGAGCUGAGUCAGGAGAAGGAGGAGCCACUGGGGGCUCCCUCUCCUUCUGCCAGAAGCCACCCUCCCUGCUUGUCUCUCAGAGCCAGGAGAUGUCUGACAAUGGAGAAGCAAAGACAGGCUGCACACUGGCGCACUGUUGGAUCACUUGCCAGAAACCCCAGAGAGGAGGGGACUUGGAAAGCUGUGGGGAGCUAGGGGCCUUCUCUUUUGGCAGCUGAUUUCAUGGAGGAAGACCCUGUCAUGGAAUUCUACUCAGUAUUGAUCCAGGCAGAACUCCAAUGUAUAGUUACCAGAGUGAAAAUGUAAAGACGUUGCAGGAUUCCCCAAAAUAGACCAGAGGCAACUGUAUUUCAUCCAGCAGAGCUUUAUUGCUACUGAAGACAAAUGAGCAUAAUGGUCCCAAAUCCAAAACAUUCAGGAUUGGCCCUGUCCAUAAGAAAUCCAGUUGCAGCAGACUUAACUGAAACUUACCACAAGUUAUAAUGUCUAAACCUUAACACUCAGCUUAUUAUGUACAGAACACCAGAAGGAAGAGAGAGAGAGAGAGACCCAGGCUCCUUCUGGCCUCUUCUUAUAGUCAGCAUGACCUUGACAGAAGACAUAACAGAACCACUUUAACCCAGCUGUACUCAGGCUGCGUUGCCUGGGUCCUUGUGCCAAAGGCCAAGCUCAGAAAGGGUGGCCCUAGGUCCCAAAAGAUGAUUUUCUGUGGGUAUGAGCCAGGGACCAAGGGGUGGAGAUUUGCCUAUCCAACAGGCAAUCAGUCCAGGAUUCUGCUCAGCAGCAGUGCUGAGUUCUGUGAGUAGAAUGGAUGGACACGCAUACAUGGGAACCCUGAUGUUCUUUCAGAGAGUCUGCAAGACUCUGCUGAUGAGGAAGAGGUAGAGGUUGAACCUGCUGCUGAGGCACAGAGUCCUGACCCAGAGCAGGUAGAGGGAAGAACUUCUCCUAAAGCUGUGAAGCUUGAACAGAGAAGUGCUCCUUCCUCACCCACAGGUUCAGCUGAGAAGUCUAAACGGCGCAGUAAGUCAGAGGGGGAGCUCUCUGAGGCCAAGGACGUUCUAGCUGGUCCUAGUGGGUCUGAGGGGGUACCUGAAACUGGGUUGAGACGUUCAGCUCGCACAACGAAAGGUAAACCUCCUGACAGGUUUGCAGUCACAAGUGUGUGGGUUGGCAUGGCACAGUGUGAACCCGAGAAUUUUGAGGAUGUUCAGAAACUGCCUCAGGAAGAAGCCAGGAAAUGGCAUGAGGCAAUGCAGAAGGAGAUGAGCUCAAUGGAGUCUCUAGGUGUGUUCUCCCUCACAACGUUGCCAGUGGGCAAACAGGCCGUGAGCAGCCGCUGGGUUUACCGUCUUAAACCCACAGCAGGAACCACAGGCUGGGCUCAGUAGCCAGAGGGUUCACACAGCAAAAGGGGCUGCAUUAUACUGAGGUAUAUGCUCCUACUUCCAGAAGUGAAACUCUGCACAUGCUCUUAGCCAUUGCUGCACAAAGAGGCUUUCAGGUGUAUCACUUUGAUGUGGAUGUGGCCUAUUUGAACUCAGACCUCCAGGAGGAUCUGUACAUGCUUCCUCCUCCAGCGUUUGAGGGCAAUGAGCCAAAUACUGUAUGGAAGCUUCACAAGUCCAUUUAUGGCUUAAAGCACUCGAGCAGCUAAGUUUGAAACUUGUACCUGAAUGAAGCCUUAGAGAAGCUAGGUUUCAAGAAGAGUCUUGCUGACAGCUGCCUGUACCUUAAAGGGUCAGGAGAGUCACAUGAAAUGGUGUUGAUCUUUGUUGAUGACAUCAUUCACAUCUCAGGGGCAAACAAACAGGUGCAGAAGUUUGCCAAAGAGCUUGGGAAACGGUUUCAGCUCAAGAACCUGGGUGCAGUAAGGAUCUACUUAGGUGUUCAGAUAGACAGGACUGAAGAUGGAAGCUUCUUGCUCAGUCAGAAAGGCAAGAUUGAGCAGUUGAUUGAGAAGUUCAGAAUGUCUGAUUGUGCAGGGGUUAGGGCACCUAUGGACACGAGCUACGUGAAAGACAGUCAGCUAGCAGAAUGCAUUGAGAGCGAGAAUGCUGAGCUCUUCCAGUCAGCUCUGGGUAGUCUGUUGUAUCUGUCCCAAUGGAGCAGGCCGGACAUUGCUUUUGCUACCAAUCUGCUCAGUAGGGAAGCAUCAAAGCCCAGUGUAAAUGCCUGGCAUGGUAUCAAGCGGGUGCUGCGUUACCUGCAGGAUACCAAGGACUUCAGUCUCAAGCUGUCAGCUGCAGGUGAGACGGCGCUUACUUGCUGGGCAGAUAGCGACGGGGCGAAUCUGGAUGACAGGAAGUCCGUAUCUGGGAUGGUAAUAAAGUUUGGGGAAUCUCUAGUUGGGUGGAAGUCCCAGAAGCAAAGUCUCAUUGCGCUGUCCUCUACUGAGGCUGAGUUCAUUGCACUGUCGGAAUUGUGCAGGGAACUGGAGUUCUAUAGAUGCCUGGUGCAAGAGAUCUAUGGGGAUUGUUGCCUGCCCAUCACUGUUUGGGAAGACAAUCAACCCUGUCUGAAGUUGGCAGAAUCUGGGCAGUUUAAGGCCAGAACCAAGCAUCUAGACAUACGUUUCCAGAAUGCGUGUCAAAGUGUCAAUCCUAUUGAAAGCAAUCCUAUCGAAACAACACAGCAAUUAAGAGGAAGGAAAGAACAGAGCAUUGUGUAGCAGAUCAUAUUUCUGCUGUCUCAGAAGAGGACAUUUCCUUUUUCUUUUAGGGUCCAGUGUGCUUUGAAGAUGUCGCUGUUUGUUUCACGGACGAGGAGUGGGCAUUGCUGGAUCCUGACCAGAGAGCUCUGCAUAAGGACGUCAUGGAGGAGAAUCGUGGGAUCGUGGCCUCUCUUGGUAAGGCUCCCUGUGCGAUCGUCCUAUCUGCCUGGAAAUUCAAAAAAUACCUCUAUGUAACAAACCUCAUACAUUUCCACAGAGCUCAACAGCGCCCAAUACAACACCUGGGAACCUAACACUCCCACAAUAAACCUUGAACAGCAAAUUCCAGUUUUUUCUGUGAACCAUCUUCCUCCAGUUCUGCCUUUUUAUACCACGGUUGGGCUUGUCUGAACUGCCCAGGCAUCUUAAAUGUCAGCUUCAGUGUUGGUAUCUGAAGAAGUGAGCAUGCAACGAAAGCUCAUACUAAUAACAAACUCAGUUGGUCUCUAAGGUGCUAGUGGAAGGAAUUUUUUUUAUUUAGCUUCAGAGUUGUGCGGAAAGAUAAGUAGCUUCUGUCAAGUUUUCUGUUUUUGUUUUUGCUGCUGUCAGUCUUGGGUUGACCAGAGAGACGACUGACAUUGGAGAUGGAGGAGAUGCCAUGACUGGGCCAAACAAAAUCCAUCCCAGAGAAGAGCCAGGCUUAUUGAAUCUCAGGUAGUAGUAGUAGCAGUGAUAAUAAUAAUAAUAGUAAUAAUAAUUUUUAUUUAUACUCUGCCCACCUGGCUGGGUUGCCCCAGCUGCUCUGGGCGGCUUCGAACACUUAUAUAAACCAGAAACAUUCAUCAUAACAAUCUGUCCCCAUAUAAAAAGUACAUUAACUUUAAAAUGAACAACUUACGCUAGUGGCCAAAAUUGUGGAAACCUUUUGGAGAAAGUGUAUUUCAGAGCUUUGAUACCUCAUAAACACCACUUUUUUGGGAGUAAUAGCAUAAAACUAUAUAUCAAUGGAAAAAUAAUUUAAUGAAGAAUGUAAUGAUUUUCUUCUGUCAUGCAGGCACAGUUUCUCCAUUCUUCGAUCAUCACUUGCUGUUGUGCACCUUUCCCUGCCUUUACCAGUCUGAUUUUGGAGUGACUGAGUCUCUUAUACCUCUUCAAAAAUAUAGACCAGCUUUGCUUAAGUUUCCACCAAUCUUUCUUCUAAUUUCUUCAUACCUGUAGCCUUGUUCACUUAAUAGUACGAUUUUAUAUCUCUUUCUGGGUAACUACUCAACUCUUUGUACCAUUUUUUAAUUUUAUUAAAUUUUACAAACUCACCAAAUGAAAGAACCAAGAAACCAACCAAAUUGAUAGCAAUCACAUAAUACACUGACAAACGUCAACCUAAGCAAGUUGUGCUUCCCUUUUCUGGUCAUAUGUCUAUAACCUUUGAUAGAAUACAGAUAAUUGAACAAACUUUGUUGCACUACAUUCUUGAUUAAAUUAUCUUUCCAUUGCUAUAUAAUAUUAUGGUAUUACAGUCAUACCUCGGGUUACAGUCACUUUAGGUUGCGUGUUUUAGAGUUGCGCACUGAGCCGAACCUGAAAGUACCGGAAUGGUUUACUUCCAGGUUUCAGUGCUCGGACAUGCACAGAACCACCAAAUUACGACCCACGCAUGCGCAGAUGCAACACUGCAGGUUGCGAACGCUGCGGAUUGCGAACAUGUCUCCCACACGGAUCAUGUUUGCAACCCGAGCAUCCACUGUACUCCAAAAGAAGUGGUGUUAUGAGCCAUCAAACAUCUGAAAUGCACUUUUUUCUAAAAGGCUUUCACAAUUUUACCACUACAGUAUAUCAAAGAAAGCAACAUUCAACAACUCAUCAGAAUCUAAUAAUAAAUAUGUUGUUUAAUGACAAAGAACAAAGUUAAUGAACACACACGCAACUCCCUUUAGUUCUUCUUCAUUUGUUCCUGAGGCUCUAAUCCCUUUUUGUCUCCAUUGCAGAUUGUGAUGAAUUGCAGAUCAAGAACAAGGCUGAGCAAGACAAAAUUGCCAGAGAGGAGAAGCCAUGGAAAAAUUUGGAGUAUGGAGAGAGCUGCAGUCAGUGUGUGGAAUGUGGAAAGAGCUUCAGGGAGAGCUCCAGUCUCACUUCCCAUCAGAGAAUUCAUACAGUGGAGAAACCUUAUCAGUGUAUGGAAUGUGGAAAGAGCUUCAGUCACAACUCCUCUCUCACUUCCCAUCAGAGAAUUCAUACAGGGGAGAAACCCUAUCAGUGCGGGGAAUGUGAAAAGAGCUUCAGUCAGAGCUCCAGUCUCACUUCCCAUCAGAGAAUUCAUACAGGGGAGAAACCCUAUCAGUGUGGGGAAUGUGGAAAGAGCUUCAGGAAGAGCUCCCAUCUCACUUCCCAUCAGAGAAUUCAUACAGGGGAGAAACCCUAUCAGUGUGUGGAAUGUGGAAAGAGCUUCAGGAAGAGCUCCCAUCUCACUUACCAUCAGAGAAUUCAUACAGGAGAGAAACCCUAUCAGUGCAUUGAAUGUGGAAAGUGUUUCAGUCACUGUUCCAAUCUCACUUCCCAUCAAAGAAUUCAUACAGGGGAGAAACCCUAUCAGUGUGUGGAAUGUGGGAAGAGCUUCAGGGAGAGCUCUGGUCUCACUAAGCAUCAGAUAAUUCAUACAGGAGAGAAAUCCUAUCAGUGUGGGGAAUGUGGAAAGAGCUUCAGUAGAAGCUCCCAUCUCACUUCCCAUCAGAGAAUUCAUACAGGAGAGAAAUCCUAUCAGUGUGGGGAAUGUGGAAAGAGCUUCAGUCACAGCUCUGAUGUCACUAAGCAUCAGAGAAUUCAUACAGGGGAGAAACCCUAUCAGUGUGAGGAAUGUGGAAAGAGCUUCAGUCAGAGCUCCCAUCUCACUUCCCAUCAGAGAAUUCAUACAGGGGAUAAACCCUUCAUUCUAUAG